AUGAAGUUUGGUGACAUCCGCUUCGUCUACGAGUACUACGACUCUUUCUACCUAGUCGCAGCUUUGAUUCCUGUGUGGGCCGGCUGCAGACUGGUCCGGUGGUAUCAAAGUGCGCGUCAACCGCCCACUGUCUUGCGCGAUGAGACUAUAAACCCCGGCAUUCUGUCCUCUAAGGAAUGUCAUCCGGAGCAAGAAGCUUUUCUGGGUCGCAGCUCACACUGCCAGAGAGUUCGUACUCAUAGAACCGAUAUCAUGAGGAUCCUGAGCAGCCUCUGCUUGGGCCUUUGCGGCCUAUACUCCUGCGUAGCUGCUUUUAGCGAUGACUACACGCAUCACCUACGCCGCCAAUUCACUGCGGGCAAUUCAAGUGGGGUCCUGGUCGAUUUCGAGGUGUAUAAACCUGUCGAAUUUGAUCCUGCGAGUCAAGCAUGUAAUGAAGUCAUACUGUUGAUGGAACAUGAAUUUGCCUAUAGCUACGGAGAGCCAUUUGUUGGAAAUUAUACGCCUCCUGAUUGCGACUUUGACACCGUGAGAAUCAACUUCACCGUCACAUCACGAGGGCGACAAUAUGAUCGGCUGGCAUUGAUGUAUCUGAACAGCACAGAGGUUUUCAGGACUUCCACUGCCGAACCGACCACAGACGGAAUUGUCUGGACUUAUAUCAAGGAGAUGUCACAAUAUCGAUCCUUGUGGAAAAGUCCUCAGAAGAUAAUCUUUGACCUGGGAAACUUGAUUGACAGUACAUAUACUGGCACAUUUAACACCGCGCUCACGGCUUCCUUUACUAAAGAGAACAGCGGACGAGUAGCGGAUGUGAUUUAUCCCAUCUCCGCACUCCAGGGUGCAGAGAAUGCCGCAAGCGCUUUUACCGUGCCCUCUGACAAUGCUACUGUUGAUUUGAUCUUUCCAAGCAACGCCCAGCGAGCAGUGGUCUCUAUUUCAGCAUGUGGUCAAUCCGAUGAAGAGUUUUGGUGGUCGGCUGUCCUCAAUCAGGAUACAAAUGAUUUCGACUCAACCAUCGGCGAACUCUACGGCUACUCUCCCUUCCGUGAAGUCCAACUUUUCAUUGACGGGAUGCUUGCUGGAGUUGUGUGGCCAUUUCCGGUCAUCUUUACUGGUGGUGUAGCACCAGGUUUGUGGCGACCUAUUGUUGGUAUUGACGCCUUUGACCUGCGUGAGCCAGAAAUUGAUAUCUCGCCCUUCAUUCCUCUCUUGCUCGAUGGAAAAGCGCACUCCUUUGAAAUCAAGGUUGCCGGACUUGAUACUCCUUCGAACGGUACCGCUACUCUGGUCGAGACAGUCAACUCAUAUUGGGUUGUCACGGGGAAAGUAUUCAUAUAUCUCAACGAGAGCGGGAAGAGCAAUAUAACGUCAAUUGGUACGGCUCCGACUAUUAGCGCCCCAGAUCCCCAAUUUAGCUUCACGCGGAGCCUUGUCACAAAUAGUAGUGGUGUGAAUGAAACUCUUUCAUAUUCCGUUCAGGCACAUCGCACAUUGAAAAUCACAUCGGGGCAAUCGUCAUGGACCCAAGAUCUGUCAUAUUCCAACGAUGGAUAUUUGAAUCAAGAUGGCCUUAGCCAAUGGAAUCUUCAGAAUACUACAGGAACGUCGAGUACCGCCGGGAUCGGACUCGAUGGAACCUGGGAAGAGUAUCAAACAAGUUUUAGCUAUCCAAUUGAGGCCAACACGACAUACGGCAUUGGAUCAGACUAUCUCACCAUCGACGCUAUCGUGGAUCGUGGGCUGUCAAUUUCAUCAACUGGCGGCCUUGGUAUCUCCACUUACACGCUUACUUCUGGUGCCGUCGAUUUGCAGACCCGCCAAUGGGGAACUGCUACUUAUCUCGGGAUUACAGGUGGAUCUUCGUACUCGUCCGGGGAUACUUCUGACGAGUUCGCAGAAAUUUCCGACGGGACCAGUUACAGCACAUAUGUGCACGCAAUCAAUGGCACUGUCGUAACACCCGGCAAUGACUCGCAUUCCCUGUCGUCGGCGGCGCAGCAGGGACUAUCCGAUAAGAUUAGCUUAUCGCAGACCCAUAUACACUCACUUGCGCAGUCGAUACAUACGUUGAUACAAUCGCAAAGUGAGAUUAACGACGAACGACCGAGAAAGCGUCGUAAAGUUGAACAGGAUGUAUUUAAAAGUCCUAUUCGAGUAGAAACUGGUGAUGGCGAUUUUGUCGUUCUUUGCCGGGUUACUAUCAAUCUAAUUUAUCCUGGAGAAAAUCUUCCAGAUUCACCAGAAACGGGUUGUGAACUGCCCGUUUUGUUAAAGUAUCGACACCAGAAGCAGAAUUCACUGUCUUCCGAUAAUGGACAACCAAGUCGUGAGCCAACAUGUGAUAAAGCCGGGGAUGAGCACUGGCUGGAAUUACGGACGAUAAAUCGAAAGCAGUCUUUGUCCUUCCCACUAUUAGGCGCAGCUGAUGUCGAAGAAAUCGUUUCUCAUCUGUCACUUGCGACUUGCGCCACUCCUUUGGACACGACUACCGGGGAUUUGCCGUAUUUCGCUUACCGAGCUCGGCUCGUCUCGUAUGGGGACUCUCAAUCAUUUCGCUUGGUUGCUGAUGUACAAUGGAAAAAUUCAUUGGUCAUUCCAUCUAAUUUCAAAGGAAAACCCGAAGCUGGGCUCGCUUUUGCCAGAUACACACCUGCGGCAGAAGGGUUUCACCACAAUAUUACGAAUGGGUCGAAUAAUGGGCGGCUAGCACAGUCACAUUGGACCCCUCGAGACUUCUAUGAUAAUGUUCAUGUUCCACUCGUCACACCUGAGGCGUCUGCUAAGAUAGACUGUCCUUUGACUAAAUGCACGCUAUAUCCAUUCCAGACCCGAGCAUUGCGAUGGCUGCUAGAGAAGGAAGGCGUGGAAGUUGAUUCUGAAGGAGACGUGGUUUCGCGAAGAAUCGAGAAUAAGUUUCUUCCCGAGUCUUUCAAGGAGUUUAUUGAUGUAGAAGGCCGUCGUUGUUUUGCCAGCCAACUCUACAAGGUUGCGACAACAGAUCUAUCUCAGUGGUCUGACUCGAUCAGAAGUCUUCGGGGCGGUAUUCUUGCUGAAGAAAUGGGCCUUGGGAAAACAGUUGAGAUGAUUUCUCUCAUUUGUCUGCAUCAAUGUGUGAUGUCCAUUGACGAGAAUAUCGAUGAAAACCAUGGUCUGACCAAAUCGCGCGCGACUUUGAUAAUUACUCCACCUGCAAUCCUCGAGCAAUGGAGACAAGAGUUGCAAAAACAUGCUCCUGCACUUUCAAUAUUCGAUUACACAGGUCUCGAGAGUUAUUCGAAAAUGUCCCAAGAAGAUAUUUUGCGCACGCUUUCGGAAACAGACGUGGUGCUCACAACGUACAAUGUUCUUUCAAGAGAAGUUUAUCGUGCAGUUGACCCACCGAGGCGGAAUAUGCGACAUGCAAAAAGAUUUAUAACUCCCAAAUCUCCACUUGUGCGAAUAUCCUGGUGGCGUGUUUGCCUCGACGAGGCUCAGAUGAUUGAAAACGGCGUCAGUAAUGCGGCUCAGGUUGCUCGUCUCGUUCCUCGGAUAAAUGCAUGGGCUGUGACAGGAACUCCCAUACGCAAAGACAUGAAAGAUCUUUUUGGCCUCCUCCAAUUUCUGAAAUACGAGCCAUUUUGCAAUUCGGUGGAACUUUGGACUAGGCUUUUCAGGGACUUCUAUCCAGCAUUUAAAUCCACUAUUAAUAGGCUAGCGCUUCGUCAUAGCAAGGACUUCAUUAGAAAGGACCUUAAUCUUCCCCUUCAGAAGCGAGUUGUGAUCACAACCCCUUUCACGGCGGUGGAAGAGCAGAACUAUAGCCAGUUAUUUGAACAAAUGUGUGAUGAGUGUGGCGUCGAUUACACUGGCAAUCCUCUUACGGCGGAUUGGGAUCCCGAAUCCAGAUCGUCCAUAGACAAGAUGCGACACUGGCUCACCAGGCUUCGCCAGAGUUGUCUACAUCCUGAAGUUGCACCCUGGAACCGUAAAGCUCUAGGUAUUCGAGGCGGGCCAUUACGCUCUGUGGAUGAGGUACUUGCGGUUAUGAUAGACCAGAAUGAAAACUUGACUCGUGCUGAAGAACGUCUGCUACUUCUUUCUCGAGCCCGGCGCGGACAAUUACUCGAAAAUGCUCUCCAUCGGCAUGAAGCUUUAGAACUAUGGCAAAAAUGCCUAGAGCGAGCAACCGAGAUGGUGAAAGAUUGUCGAGAGGAAUUGCGAGCUGAGCAGACCACUACUGGUCCUAAUGUCGCAAAUUCUGAGAUUUCAGACUCUGAUAGCGAAAAAGACGAAACGGACGAGUCAGGCAAAAACGGCCGUGUUGGAACAAUUAGGCUGCGCCUCCGAGCGGCACUGGAAGUACAACACAUUUGCAAAUUCUUCACUGCCAAUGCGUAUUACCAGAUAAAAACCGACCCAAAACUGACGGCUCCGGAUUCUGAAGAGUUUAAGGCCCUGGGGAAAUCCGAAGAAGCUGCUUAUGAUGAAGCGAAAUUGAUGAGAAAGGAGAUGUUGAAAGAUGUCACCCGCAAGGCUAGAAAAUAUAUCAAGACAAUAAACGAAAAGGCCCAAACGAAGUCGUUCGUUAGGAUUCCUAUGAUGAAUGCAAAACUACCAACACUAGGAAUUGAAGCGCGUCGGCUAUUCGAAAGACUUGAAGACUUUUGCGAUGCGUUGAAUCAGCAUCGUGACAAAUACAUUGCCUUGCGGGAUGACAUGGUCAAGCUACUUCGAAAGUCAUUGGUUGAUGAAGAGGAAAACGGCGAACUUGAAGGAAACGAGUAUGAGACGUCGACCAAACAUCAAGACGAAAUGUAUGUCUAUAUGGAGGGUCUCCGCGUGAUGUUCGCCGAUCGCCAUGACGCUCUUACUGGACAAAAAAAUUCCUUGAUCGACCAUGAAGCCAAAGUAGGGGUAGCUGAGGCGGAGAAAGGGAAUGGUCCAUCGCCAGAAUUAUACCUUGCUAUGAUGAAGGCUCGUGACGAAGUCAAGCCAAAAUUGGAACUGGGGUCCCUUCGAGGAAUCGCCAGUGAUAUGCGCAGUCUUGUCACAUCUCUGGAAUGGCAAGCCAACGAAGGUAGCUCACGGGCUCGAGCUGAGCUUGUGAUUGCCAAUGAGGCUCUUGCACGCGUGGGCAAAAUCUCAAGCGAACAAGGGAAAGCCAUUAGAGACCUAGAGAGAGAAGUUGAAUUAUUCCGUGACACGAUGAAUCAGAGACUGGAAUAUUAUCGACAACUGCAACAAAUUUCAGAUACAGUUGCGCCAUACGACGAGGCAAGUGUGGGCAAGCCGUUGAAUCAGGAAGUGUAUCAGUCAAAAUUGGAAGCCGAAAAGAAGAUAGAGGACAAGCUGUCUGCAUUACAGUCUAAGGGUAAAUAUUUGCUUCAUUUACGGGAUGAAUCAGGGCCAGAUGAAAGUACGCGAAUCUGCGUAAUCUGUCAAUCCCCCUUUGAAAACGGUGUUCUGACUAUUUGUGGCCAUAAAUACUGCAAAAGCUGUUUGCGUGCGUGGUGGUCCCAGCAUCGAACUUGUCCAAUGUGCAAGAGAAAACUCAAGUCAGGGGAUUUUCAUCAAAUUACCUACAAACCACAGGAGUUGAUUGUACGAGAGGAGAGAACGCCCACAAAGUUAGAGUAUGGCCGGCCAUCGCAGAAUGGUAUAUAUUCAGAUAUAAGCAGUGGUGUCCUACAGGAGAUCAAGAAUAUUGAUCUUUCUGUCUCUUUUGGCACCAAAGUGGACACACUAUCCCGCCACCUGUUAUGGUUACGCGACAAUGACCCCGGGGCCAAGUCAAUUGUUUUUUCUCAGUAUAGCGGUUUCCUAAAUGUACUAAGUACUGCUUUCUCUCGGUGUGGUAUUGGCUAUAGCAGUGUGGAAUCGAAAAAUGGCAUUCAGCGAUUCAAAGAGGAUCCUGCGGUUGAAUGCUUCCUUUUACAUGCCCGAGCACAUUCCUCGGGGCUCAACCUUGUCAAUGCAUCUCAUGUCUUUCUUUGCGAGCCGCUUAUCAACACCGCAAUUGAGUUACAAGCCAUCGCUCGAGUCCAUCGUAUCGGCCAGCACCGUCCAACAACAGUAUGGAUGUACCUUGUAUCCGACACAGUAGAGGAGUCAAUCUAUCAAAUCUCAGUCUCGCGACGACUGAGUCACGUCGUCCAGAAGGAGAAAGAGAAGAAAGAGGAAGAAAGACACUCGCCAUUCCAAAAUGGGAAGAUCGCGGGAGAAGAGAAUCUCCAUGAGACAGCGAUCGAGUCAGCAAACUCCCUGGAAAUCCAGCAAGCUAAUCUGGGGAAAUUGUUGGCUACAGGCUCUGCGGGAGGAGGUGAGUUGGUUGGCAAAGACGAUCUUUGGCAAUGCCUGUUUGGAAACGGCCAAAAGAGGACCUCGCCUGAACAAAAUCCCGGUGCUCUGCGGGAGGUCGACCGUUUCUUGAGAGGCGAGGCAGCUGAAAAGAGAAAGCAAGAUGCUAUAGAUUUGUGA